UGCUGUGUGUGUUUGGAUGGCUCUUGACAGCCGAGCGGCGUGACGGUGACAAACAAUAGCUUACAUUAAACAAGUGGCCUGUAAGAUGGCGUCAGAAAGCCAAAAUUGAAAUUCUUGAGCACAACGAAGGCAAACACAGCAGCUACAUAUGAAUUAUUAUUGUAAUAUUGUUUCUUCAACACGUUCCAGCGCAGGAACUUAUCACUGCCGCUUUCCCCGUGCUGGAUGCCAUCCCAGGUAGGCACAACGGCGCUGGAUUCUACUGGGUUGGUUCCCUCGCCUCAGUUGCCUGGUGUGCCGAGAGACAUUGCGUAGUGACAGUGACCAACGCGGGUGUGAGGCCGCUUCCGGCUUUCAAGCCCCGCCUACUCAGCUGAGUAUCACGUGACAGGUCGCAGUAUGGCGGCGCUGGGCUGAGACGGGCGAAGACGCAGCGAAAAAAAAAAAAAAAGCCAUCGUUAGCUCGCUGGCCUUGUUGACACCUGCUCUUUCCGCAGGGCCGGGCGCGACAUGACGGCCUGACUUUGCUGAACGAGAAAUGCAACAACUGGAAGACUUGAAGGCAGAAAGAAGCAAGACCAAGAGUAUGUUUCUUUCUCGGGCGCUUGAGAAAAUCCUCUCGGAUCGGGAGGUGAAGAGGAGUCAACACAGUCAGCUACGGAAAGCCUGUCAGGUGGCGCUCGAUGAAAUCAAGGAGGAGCUUGAGAAACAAAAGGAUGGCACGGUGGUCCCACCCAGAGCCAACUACAUCGAGGCCGACAAAUACGUGCUGCCCUUUGAGUUGGCCUGUCAGUCAAAGUCUCCCCGGAUAGUGAGCACCUCUUUGGACUGUCUGCAGAAGCUUAUAGCGUACGGCCACAUCACGGGAAACGCUCCGGACAGCAGGACUCCCGGCAAGCGUCUGAUCGACCGCUUGGUGGAGACCAUCUGCAACUGCUUCCAGGGUCCACAGACAGAUGAGGGAGUCCAGCUCCAGAUCAUCAAGGCCCUGCUGACGUCCGUCACGUCCCCGCACAUUGAGAUCCAUGAAGGCACCAUCCUGCUCACGGUCAGGACGUGCUACAACAUCUACCUGGCCAGCCGCAACCUCAUCAACCAGACCACCGCCAAGGCCACGCUCACGCAGAUGCUCAACGUCAUCUUCACGCGCAUGGAGAACCAGGCUGCUCUGGAGGCUCAGGAGGAAGAGAAGGACCGGCUACAUUUGCCCCAAAACAACCCGUCUCCAGUGCCUGGAACCCACAGGUCUGGUUCCCCCCGCUCUGACUGGACUCCCACCCCAGAACUUCAGGGCUCCCCAUCACCUGCAGCCAGUACUCCAGAAGUCAAUGCCAGUAGCUCAACACCUCCACCACCACAGGACACGCCCACGGUUAAUGGAGAUCCAGAGGGCGGUUCUCUUCCUGAUCAUGGAGCAGAAGACGAGGUCACGCCAUCAGGAGAUUCUGUAUUUGGAGAUGAAAGUACUGAAGAACCUCCAGCGGAAGCUCAUCCUGCUGAAGAGAACCAAGAGUCUGCUUUUAAUGCAGAUGAUGCAGCACAGACAGAAGACCACCGCCCAGCCCCGCCCAUCACUGAGCACACACAAGUCAAAGCUCCUUCCACAGAGACACGGCAGAUGAACGGCAUCGUUGAAGACCGUUCGUCUGUUUCUUCAGUGGACAUGCUGGAUGCCGAGGGCCUGCAAGGACCGCACAGCACCUCCCGCUUUUCUCAUGUCCUGCAGAAGGACGCAUUCCUGGUGUUUCGCUCACUCUGCAAGCUUUCCAUGAAGCCCCUUGCUGAAGGACCCCCGGACCCAAAGUCGCACGAGUUGCGCUCCAAGAUCGUGUCGCUGCAGCUGCUGCUGUCGGUGCUGCAGGGCGCCGGGCCCGUGUUCCGCACCCACGAGAUGUUUGUCAACGCCAUCAAGCAGUAUCUGUGCGUGGCGCUGUCCAAGAAUGGCGUCUCCUCUGUGCCUGAGGUGUUUGAGCUGUCGCUGGCCAUCUUCCUCACUCUGCUGUCUCACUUCAAAGUCCACCUGAAGAUGCAGAUUGAGGUGUUUUUUCGGGAGAUAUUUCUCACCAUCUUGGAAACGUCAACAAGCUCUUUUGAGCACAAGUGGAUGGUCAUCCAGACACUAACACGCAUCUGUGCAGAUGCGCAGUGUGUGGUGGACAUCUACGUCAACUACGACUGUGACCUCAACGCCGCCAACAUCUUUGAGCGCUUGGUCAAUGACUUGUCCAAGAUAGCACGGGGCAGGAGCGGACAGGAGAUGGGCAUGACUGCUUUGCAGGAGCUCAGCCUGCGUAAGAAGGGCUUGGAGUGUCUGGUGUCCAUCCUUAAAUGUAUGGUGGAGUGGAGCAAAGACAUGUACGUCAACCCAAACCUUCAGGCCAACCUCGGCCAGGACCCUCCGUCAGACAACGAGACAUCAGAGUUGAAGCUUCCGGAACAGCUGUCUGGGCGCAGAGACAGCAUCAGCUCCUUGGACUCCACCGUCUCCUCAGGCGUCCCGCUCUCCCAGCCGGACCACCCGGAGCAGUACGAGGUCAUCAAGCAGCAAAAGGACAUCAUCGAGCAUGGCAUACAGCUAUUCAACAAAAAGCCAAAACGAGGCAUCCAGUACCUGCAGGACCAGGGCAUGUUGGGUUCCACAGCUGAGAACAUUGCACAGUUCCUUCACCAGGAGGACAGGUUAGACACGACUCAGGUUGGCGAGUUCCUGGGGGAGAACAUCAAGUUGAACAAAGAGGUGAUGUACUCAUACGUGGACCAGCUGGACUUCUGUGGGCGGGACUUCGUGUCGGCCCUCAGGGCCUUUUUGGAAGGCUUCAGGCUGCCGGGAGAAGCCCAAAAGAUCGACAGGCUAAUGGAGAAGUUUGCCGCUCGAUACCUGGAGUGCAACCAGGGACAAACUCUGUUCGCCAGUGCAGACACAGCUUACGUGCUGGCGUACUCCAUCAUUAUGCUCACCACAGACCUGCACAGUCCUCAGGUGAAGAACAAGAUGACAAAGGAGCAGUACAUCAAGAUGAACCGCGGCAUCAACGACAGUAAGGACCUGCCUGAGGAGUAUUUAUCCUCCAUAUAUGACGAGAUUGCCGGCAAGAAGAUCGCCAUGAAGGAGAGCAAGGAGUUCUCCAUCACACCCAAGUCCAGCAAGCAGAGUGUUGCCAGUGAGAAGCAGCGCCGCCUGUUGUACAACAUGGAGAUGGAGCAGAUGGCCAAGACGGCCAAAGCUCUGAUGGAGGCCGUCAGCCACGCUCAGGCCCCGUUCUUCAGCGCCACGCACCUGGAACACGUCAGACCCAUGUUCAAGUUGGCAUGGACCCCCUUGUUGGCAGCAUUCAGCGUGGGCCUUCAGGACUGUGAUGACCCAGACGUGGCCUCGCUGUGCCUGGAAGGCAUUCGAUGCGCCGUCAGAAUGGCCUGCAUCUUCAGCAUGCAGUUGGAACGGGAUGCCUACGUCCAAGCCUUGGCCAGGUUCACCCUGCUGACAGCCAGCUCCAGCAUCACCGAGAUGAAGCAGAAGAACAUCGACACCAUCAAGACCCUCAUCACUGUGGCGCACACAGAUGGGAACUACCUGGGCAACUCCUGGCAUGAGAUCUUGAGGUGUAUCAGUCAACUGGAACUAGCUCAGCUGAUUGGCACAGGGGUAAAGACGCGCUACAUAUCUGGAGUGGCUCGAGACAAGGAGGCUGGCAUCCGGGGCUUGCCCCCAGGCACCGAGGAAUUCAUGCCUCUCGGACUGGGGAACCUGGUGGGCAAUCAGGACAAGCGUCACAUGGCUCACCUGCAGGAGUCGGUGGGAGAGACCAGCUCUCAAAGUGUUGUCGUAGCGGUGGACAGGAUCUUUACCGGUUCUACCAGACUGGAUGGAAAUGCCAUAGUGGACUUUGUGAGGUGGCUGUGUGCCGUGUCCAUGGACGAGCUGGCCUCCGCACACCAGCCCAGGAUGUUCAGCCUGCAGAAGAUAGUUGAGAUCUCCUACUACAACAUGAACCGCAUCAGGCUGCAGUGGUCCCGCAUCUGGCAGGUCAUCGGCGACCACUUCAACAAGGUGGGCUGCAACCCCAAUGAGGAUGUAGCCAUCUUCGCCGUGGACUCGCUGAGGCAGCUCUCCAUGAAGUUCUUGGAAAAAGGAGAGUUGGCCAAUUUCCGCUUCCAGAAAGACUUCCUCAGGCCCUUUGAGCACAUCAUGAAGAAGAACAGGUCCCCCACGAUCAGAGACAUGGUGAUCAGGUGUGUGGCUCAGAUGGUCACAUCCCAGGCAGCCAACAUCCGUUCAGGCUGGAAGAACAUCUUCUCUGUAUUUCACCAGGCAGCCUCUGACCAUGACGAGUCCAUUGUGGAGCUCGCCUUCCAGACUAGCGGCCACAUCGUCAUGAACACCUUCAGGGAGCACUUUGCCGCCGCCAUUGAUUCCUUCCAGGAUGCGGUCAAGUGCCUGUCCGAGUUUGUGUGCAACGCAGCCUUUCCCGACACCAGCAUGGAGGCCAUCCGACUCAUCCGCCACUGCGCCAAAUAUGUCUCAGACAGGCCACAGGCUCUGAGGGAAUACACCAGCGACGACAUGAACGUCGCCCCUGGAGAUCGGGUUUGGGUUCGCGGCUGGUUCCCCAUCCUGUUUGAACUGUCGUGUAUCAUCAACCGCUGCAAGCUGGACGUGCGGACCAGGGCUCUCACCGUCAUGUUUGAGAUCAUGAAGAGCUACGGACACGCCUUCCAGAAGCAUUGGUGGCACGACCUCUUCCGCAUCAUCUUCCGCAUUUUUGACAACAUGAAGCUCCCUGAGCAGCAAACGGAGAAAACUGAGUGGAUGACGACCACGUGCAACCAUGCCCUCUACGCAAUCUGUGACGUCUUCACGCAGUUUUACCAACCUCUCAGUGACAUCCUGCUGCCCGACAUCUUCACGCAACUACAGUGGUGUGUCAGGCAAGAUAACGAGCAGCUGGCGCGAUCAGGAAUCAACUGCCUGGAGAACCUGGUCAUCCUGAACGGGGAGAAGUUCAGCCCGGAAGUGUGGAACAUGACUUGCUCCUGCAUGCUGGAGAUCUUCCAGAGCACCAGCCCUCAGGUCUUGUUGACAUGGCGACCUGCUGGACAGGACGACGACUCUGCUGGUGCCGCUGGUACCAGCAGUGCUGGUGGUACGGAUGCCAAGCACUUGGAAGUAGAGUUUGACAGCCAGUCUCAGAGCAGCUAUGACCGAGCACACAGCCAGAUGUCUAGUGACGACACCUGGAAGGCAAGAUCCAACACUCGCGUGUGGGAUCAUAAGCUGUUUGCGGCUCUCCUCAUCAAAUGUGUGGUCCAGUUGGAGCUCAUCCAGACCAUCGACAAUAUCGUCUUCUACCCGUCCACCAGUAAGAAAGACGACGCUGACAACAUGGCCGCCGCACAGCGAGAUGUGGUGGAGGAGUGUUUGUUGGAGGGAGGAGGAGGUGCAGGCCAUGAUGAGGAUGAAGGGAUGUAUAGACUCAUGAGCUCAGCUCAGCUCUUCACGCUGCUGGAUUGUCUCCUGGACUCCCACGCCUUCGCCAAGGACUUCAACUCCAACAACCAGCAGAGGACAGCCCUGUGGAGGGCAGGCUUUAAAGGAAAGUCCAAGCCCAACUUAUUGAAACAGGAAACCAGCAGUCUGGCCUGCAGCCUGAGGAUUUUAUUCAGGAUGUACUCUGAUCCCAAAAUGCAACACUCCUGGCCGCACAUCCAAACACGCCUGCUCCUGGUGUGCAGUGAAGCGUUGUCGUACUUCAUCAGUUUGACUUCUGAGAGUCACAGAGAAGCUUGGAACAGCGUACUCAUGCUGCUGCUCACCAGGACGCUCAGGAUGCCCGAUGACAAGUUCAAGCCGCACGCUUCCUGCUGCUUCUCCCACCUGUGUGACAUGAUGCAGUUCGACCUGAUUCCCGAGCUGCGAGCCAUCCUGAGACGCUUCUUCCUGCGUAUCGGCUCCGUCUUCCACAUCUCCGCCCCCGGGGACGGACCCUGAAGAAGACUGUACUACGUUUGUCCCACACACUGUUAGUCCUUUUUUUCCUGCCAGGAAGUUGACUCUUUGGCCACCUGUGCCUGAAGGUGUCUUUUUGUGUCUUAUGUCAUUCACGACAUCAUUGUGCAAGCUUUUAACACCAAUGUUUAUUUGCCCUCUCGUCCCAGUCUUAUUGGUGUGUGUGUAUGAGCAGCGAGACACAGCAGCAGCGUGCUUUCAUCACUGCAGUGUUGACCAGUGGCUUGUUUACACGACGGUGUUGCGUUCAAAGUCUGCUCAGACGUUCUUACGUGUCGCGUCCCUAGAUUGAAUCGAUGGCCAAGUCUGUGUUUACUUCUCGGCAGAAAACAACCCACAAAGACAUUAAACUUCCCAGUGUUUGGAUUCCAUGCCUUUAUCCUGUGUUUUAAGUAUUUGUAAUUAUUUCAAAGUGCAUUGAAAUAUUGUUCCUGAGAAUCAUUCCUUCCCUUGCAAUGAUGGAUGUCUCAUUUUCUUCCCUAAAUACUAGGGAAUCUAUAAAUAUAUAUAUAUAUAAAUCUCUCUUUCUAUAUAUAUAUAUAUAUAUAUAUAUAUAUAUAUAUAUAUAUAUAUAUAUAUACAGUAAAUGCAAAAAAUGCAGACUGUCACGUUUGCAAUGUAAGAUAUAACGUAAAACUGUCGCCAUAUGUUGUCACGUUAGCUUUGACAAAGUCA